AUCCAUGUCUGUUGAAGAGGGAUUCUGCACUUUUGUGCAUGUGUGCUAAAUGUUGCAUGUUUUUGCAUUAUUUACAUGUAGAAAGUGUAAUUCAAUGAUAUGAUCUUCAUUUUUUUCCGCUGCCUUUUAUUUUGAUAACACCCUAUCCCUCUAGGGUUUUUCUUUCUUUGUUAGUUUUCCUUUUUUUCUUGGUGUUUCCUCUUCGUCUCUCUCCGUCUCGUCAGAUCAAAUUUAGCAAUAAAUUACCUGGACUUUUAUUUUGAAGGCGUCGCGUUGCUCUGACGGUGUUUAGCCAACGCCGCUAGAUCACCAGCCAUGCCUUUGGGUGCAGCCCUACUGAACAGACAUGUUGCUAGAAGCUGUGGCCGGCUGUGGUGGGAUGUCCCUAGACCCCUCGUCCACAUCCGAUCGGCGAGUCGAGCUCAGACGGGCACAAGAAGAUCCGAUGAACAGUCCUGGGAUGCAACAGUUGGCUACCUACCAUUUAGCAGAGCCAGUAUAGGAUCUUUUUUCCAGCAACAACCAGAGCUGAAGAACCCUUUUCUGGAAGAUGCUUUGCUCAGAGGAUACUUAAAAAGACACUUACCCUCACAGGAAGUUUUCUCAGACUUGAGCACAUUCGGAGAGCGAGUGGCUAAAGAAGUAGAUGGUUGGGGUCGAGAGUGUGAGGUCAAUCCUCCCCGUCUGCUGCACUUUGACCCCUGGGGUCGGAGAGUAGACCACAUUGUGACCUCUGCUGCCUGGAAACGCAUGAAAGACCUAUCGGCUCAGGAAGGUCUGGUUGCUAUUGGCUAUGAGAGAACAUUUGGGGAGUGGAGUCGUGUUUACCAGAUGAGCAAGUUGUACAUUUUCUCUCCCUCGUCUGGUCUCUACACAUGCCCUCUGGCUAUGACUGAUGGAGCAGCAAAAGUCCUUCAGUCCACAGGUGUGUCAUGGCCAGUGGAAGAAGCCUACAGUCGCCUAACCAGCCGCCAGCCUGAACGUUUCUGGACGUCUGGACAAUGGAUGACAGAGAGACGGGGAGGAUCUGAUGUGGCCAGCGGCACAGAGACUGUGGCCAUUCCUCAAACAGAUGGCUCAUACAAACUACACGGCUUCAAGUGGUUCACCUCUGCCACAGAUGCUGACAUGACUCUGACUCUCGCCAGAAUUCAAGACAGAACUGGAGCAACCACACCAGGUAGCAAAGGUUUGUCUCUGUUCUACGCAGAGGUGAGUCGGGACAAGGAUGGGUUGCUGCAGGGCAUUGAAGUUCAGAGACUGAAGGAUAAGCUGGGAACGAGGCAGAUGCCCACCGCCGAGUUGCUGCUGGAUGGCCUCCCUGCUUACAGGCUCUCAGAAGAGGGGAGAGGUGUGGCUUCCAUAGCUAACAUGCUAACCAUAACCAGGAUCCACAACAGCAUCUCCGCCGUGGCGGCAAUGAGAAGGGUGGUCCAGUUAGCUCGUGACUUUGCUGCUCGCCGCACAGCCUUUGGAAAGCUCCUUAAAGACCACCCGCUGCACAUGCAGACUCUUUCACGGAUGGAGGUGGAGACCCGAGCAGCUUUUCUUCUAGCGAUGGAUGUUGGUCGUCUUUUGGGUCGAGAAGAGAGUGGCCUGGCCAGCCAGCAAGAUGCGCACUUGCUGCGCCUGCUCACGCCAGUGGUCAAACUUUAUACUGGAAAGCAGGCAGUGGCUGUUGUGUCAGAGGGUUUGGAAAGCUUUGGAGGACAAGGAUACAUUGAGGAUACAGGGCUGCCUACAAUUCUUCGUGAUGCACAGGUGUUGAGUAUUUGGGAAGGUACCACUAAUGUUUUGUCCCUGGAUGUGCUGCGUUGUGUGGCUCGAAGCUCAGGAAUGGUUCUUCAUGCCUACUUUUCUCACGUCAAGUCACUGUUGGCAGGCGCCUGUAGCCUUUCUUCCCUUUCCCCUGCUGUGAAAGCAAUUGACAGCGCUUUGUCGGAACUGGAAACCUUUCUUCAAGAUGCAGCAACCAGGAAACCCGCCUACCUGGAACAAGCAGCCAGAGACCUGGCAUACAGCCUUGCUCGCAUCUAUGCAGGCGCCCUUCUAAUUGAUCAUGCUUGUUGGAAAGGAGCUUCUCACCUUGACACCUAUGCAGCUCUCAGGUGGUGUGAGCAGGACCUGUGUGUCGUUGCAGCUAAGCAGAGGACAGGCUGCUAUGACUCCAGCACAGCUUCACUUGAUGCUGCCAUGGUCUAUGAGCAGCCAAUUCAAGCCUGAAGGAUCACUGAAUCUCAGUCCUCAUCUUUCUUAGUCCUUAACUGUAGUAUAACUUAAUGGCGCACCGUGUUACUGCAUUUGACAACCCCCCCCCCGUUUAUUUUUAAAUUGGUGUUAAAUAUGUUUUGUCUCGAUUUAACAUACAAUAUGGAUGUUUAUUGGAUUAUGGAUGUGAUUCAUUUAAAAGCAAAACUUUCAAAUUUAUGUGAAUUUUGUAAUACUUUGCAUUAAGAAACUUAAAUAAAAUAAGCAUGGAAUUCACAACCAAUUUUUUAAAUGUUUAUUUCUCUAUAUUUGUAUUAAGUUAUAGAUUAAUGGAAAAUACUGGGUGAUACCACCAAUGUAACUGUAAUAUAAUUGAAAUAAAAAUGUCAAUUCUUUA